GAGGCGAUCCUGGAGGAGCAGGAGAGCCGGAAGGACGACAACAUCCACCUGACCCGCUUCCUGCGCGUGCUGGCCAACUUCCUGGUCCUGUGCUGCCUGGCAGGAAGUGGAUACCUCAUCUACUUCGUGGUGCGUCGCUCGCAGAAGUUCGCCCUCGAAGGACUGGAGACCCACACCUGGUGGGAAAGGAAUGAGGUGAACAUGGUCAUGUCCUUACUGGGGAUGUUCUGCCCCAUGCUGUUCGACGUCAUCAGCGCCCUGGAGAACUACCACCCUCGAGUCGCCCUGCAGUGGCAGCUGGGCCGCAUCUUCGCCCUCUUCUUGGGAAACCUCUACACCUUCAUCAUCGCACUCAUGGACGAGAUCAACCUCAAAAGGGAAGAGGAGAAGAUCAUAAAGUUUAAUAUAACCACAUGGGAAGCCGGUCUUUACAAUGGGACAGGAUCAGACAACAGCACGGCCCCCCCCGCCACUUUCCACCCGGCUGAUGUUCCCAGAGGGCCGUGCUGGGAGACCAUGGUGGGCCAG